CGACUCAAGACAAGUUCCAAAAAUAUUAUUAAAUGUAUCUUAUUAUUUUCUUAUCGGCCCCUUUGAUAAAGGCAGAAGUGCCGGCUGCCGUAGCCACCCGGGCGGAAGAAUGGCAGCCUGGAUGUUGUACCGCUGUGUUUUUGGGCCUCACCUGCAACGAAUUCACCGAUCACCGGAGCAGUCUCGACCUGAGGGCAGGUUUGCCAGGAGGGGAUGGAACUACCAACCCAAAAGUCUGGAAAAACACACAGACAGCAUUCUUGGCUGGGCUUCAGCAAUAUGGUCCAUAUCCUACUACAGCUCCCCUCUUCUCCUCUGCUAUCUGUACAGAAAAGGCUACAUCUGCAGCAGUAAGCUGGUUCCAGUGAGUCAGUAUCUGGGAACCGUGCUCGUGUGUCUUCUAGGAGUUGCUUGUAUUCGAGGAUGGGGCAGAUGGAGAAACACAGACUAUGUCCAGUUUAUCUCAGUUUUGGAGGAAACCAAGAAAAAUCACACACCAGCUAACAAGAAAAAGCUGAGGGGUUUUAACUUCGACUUCUCACACUGGCCUGCAGAUUUCAGCUGGACAGAAGUCAGCAGUCCGAAACAUCCCAAAGGAGGCGUUUCUCUGCUGAAGCCAGAGCCCAGACUGAGAGGGACAGCAGACGGUUUCCUCCACUCUGUCCGCACCUUACCAUGCCACGUCAUCGGUUUCCUCAUUGCUCACUCCUUCGGGAGGCGGAUGCUGUACCCCGGCUCUGUGGGUUUACUGCAGAAAGCGAUGAGGCCGAUGUUGCAGGGAGGCCAGGCUAAAUUAAUAGAAGAGUUUGACGGUGAAAGGAACAAGCUGGUGGCGUGUGACGGGAACGAGAUCGACACCAUGUUUGUGGAUCGAAGGAAAGACGGCGGGCCGCACGGCCAGACUCUGGUCAUCUGCUGUGAGGGGAACGCUGGCUUUUAUGAGGUGGGCUGCAUGAACACACCACUGGAGGGCGGUUACUCCGUUCUGGGCUGGAACCACCCUGGAUUUGCAGGCAGCACGGGAGUUCCUUUCCCCCAGAAUGAGGCCAACGCCAUGGACGUGGUGAUACAGUUUGCCGUUCACAAGCUCGGCUUCCAGCUGAGCGACAUUGUGAUUUAUGCCUGGUCCAUUGGAGGAUUCACAGCCAGUUGGGCGGUGAUGUCAUACCCAGAGAUCCAGUCAGUUGUGCUGGACGCCUCCUUUGACGACCUUUUGCCCCUCGCCCUUAAAGUGAUGCCUGAAAGCUGGAGGCCUUUGGUGCAGCACACAGUGAGGCAAUACAUGAACCUCAACAACGCCGAGCAGCUUCUCAAAUAUCAGGGACCAGUCCUGCUGGUCAGGAGGACCAGAGACGAAAUCAUCACUACAACACAUCCAGAGGACAUCAUGUCCAACAGAGGAAACGACCUAUUGCUCAGACUGCUGCAGUUCAGAUACCCCAAAAUAAUGACAGAUGAAGGAGUCAGAGUCGUGAGACAGUGGCUUGGAGCGUCUAGUCCAGUAGAGGAAGCGUCCGUGUACAGCGGCUACGAAGUGGACGAUGACUGGUGCUUGUCGGUGCUGAAGUCCUACCAGACGGACAGAGACGUCUCGUUUCCAUGGAGUGUUGGUGAAGACAUGGCGCUGGAGGGACGGCGUCAGCUCGCUCUUUUCUUGGCUCGGAAGUACAUGCGAAACUUUGAAUCAACACAUUGCACCCCUCUUCCUGCCGCCGAGUUUCACUCGCCCUGGAGACUUUAAAAAAAAAAAAAAAGAAGAAUCAGGAUGGAUGGGUGAUGGGACGAAGAAAAACAAGAGUUCGAUUGCCUGUGGUGAACUGUGUUCCUACUGCUUUAGUUUUUUCUCUUUGGUUUAAUUUUCCCUCCAUACACUCAUUGAAAAAAAAAAACAGAAAUAUGGUACAUGUAUUGCUUCGUUCGUUUUAAAGCCACUCCUUCCAUUGUUCCCUCCCUGGCUGGGUUUGUAAAGCAAAUGUAAAUGAGACAUCUAUUGCUCAUAUUCAAAGAAUAAAAACUAAUCUUAAUGUCGUUUUAGAGGAUUUCCAUCUGUGGAAACGCAGCCAGAGUAUUUAAGCUUUCCAGGGUUUCUUGUUUUUUUUUUUUCUUUUGUGGGAACUGUCUGUAUAAAUUAAUCUGGAGCCUAAAAUGAUGCUCUUAAGUGUUUCAUUAAAUAUACUGAAUAAAAUUUUGAGAUGAUG